AUGAAGGACAAGGUGCGCAACAAGCUCUCGAAGCGGCAGCACGAGGACGAGGCGAGCUGGUCGACGCGGUCGUGGCUUUCGCUGCAGGCCCAGCGCAUGUCAGUCGCGCUGCAGCUCGCGGCGGCGGAAGAGAUUGCGACCGAGCUCAGGCUCGCCGCGGCGUCGGAGGACGCCGCCGCUGUCUCAAUCGCUGCCAUCGGAAAGCACUGCAACAACAGCGCAGCCAUGGUGGAGCUCGCCCGCCGCAGCGUGCUCCUCAAUCUCCUCGCGACGCCGCUCGCGCCACGGCUGGCGCCGUCCGCCCGCCUCACCCUGCCGACCGCCUCCGGCGAAGUCGGGAUGGCCGGCUGCGUCAGCUACCCCGAUUGGCUGCUCGGCACGUGGGACGUGAGCAACACGCUGCAGCGCUUCGUGAUGCCUCUCGGGUCGGCGCUGGUCGACCCGCUCACGCAGCUCAGUGCGAUGGACGACCUGCGGAGGGACGAGACGCUGCGAUAUCUGCUGCGGUGGACGCGCGACGGGACGGGCGCCUGCGUGCAGGACCGCGCCUUCAAUGGGGCGCAGGAGGCCGCGGCGUUCCUCGGCGACCUCGGCUCCGUCGCCGCAUCCGAGGGAGGGGCGGCAAGCCGCAAGUGCCCCAACGACCGCCAGUGUCUCACCACGCCCUGGUCCGCUCCCAAAUGGCGCACACCGGCCGUGCAUCGGGCGCAUGGCGCAGCGCAUAGCGCCUCGUCCAGCACCUUGCCACCGAGCGACGCUGGCGACUUCCUGACCUCGGAGCUGCUCGAGCAGAGGGUGCGCUCCUCGCCCGACGCCGCAGAGGAGGUGAUCCUCGCCGGCGGCCGCGACGAGUCGAUAUCAAGAGAGCGCCGCAUCCCAGGCAUCUGUUUGACAGGAGGAGGCCGGGCGGCGGGGUGGCGGAGGCUCGCGCAGUACGGCCCCGACGGCGGCCCCUCCAGAGGCCUCGCCAGCGGGCGCGCCGUCUCGUGCUUCGACUACAGCUGGGAGCUGACGCGCGUCGACGAGGCGGAGAGGGUGCUGGGCGGCGCCGACUUGCGCAGGGCGGGGGCAGCGUAG